AUGGAAGUACAGGAGAUGCUCAAUGUGCCAAUUGUGGAGUUCCAUGAAAAAUACCUGGAACUUCCUACUACUAUUGGCAGAAAUAAGAAAGAAGUAUUUCAGAAGAUGAAUGAACGACUUGACUUUCACAUGCAAGGUUGGCAAGGGAAGUUCCUCUUAAAAACGGGUAAGCUUGUUUUAAUAAAAGCAGUUGCUCAAGCUAUUCCCACUUAUUCUAUGAGUGUGUUCCAAUUGCCAAUUAGAGUGUGCAAGAAGUUUCAAUCGAAAGUUUCUCAGUUCUGGUGGGGGAAGGGUGGAGGAAAAAGGGGAAUCCAUUGGUGUAGUUGGAAGAAGCUUUGUAAAAGGAAGGAAGAAAGAGGUCUAGGAUUCCGGGACUUGAGGGCGUUUAAUCAAUCAAUGUUAGCUAAAACGGCGUAG